AUCUUACUUUUUCAAACUUCCUCUUUUCUGUUCAAACGUGAAAUGCGACUACAAGUGAUUGUCAUUUUUAUUAGUGCAAAACUAUAUUUGUAUCAAUUUUAACUUGUUUUCAUUUCGAGACGGACAUUUGUCUUGUGAAAACCAAAUCUGACUAAGAAAAUUAAGGAAGAAGUGGAUUUUACAGAAUGAUCGAGCUUGUAGGAUUUGUAGUUCUACUUUUAGGAACUGUUUCAAGAGCGGAAAAUAUAACAUGUAGCAGUGAAUGCUCCGACGAGUUAGGAACCUGUAACCAUACAAAAGGCGAAUGUUUGCAUGGGUGCAAGGAUGGGUUUGCGGGACCAGAUUGCUCUUUUGAAUGUCCUGCAAACUGCAGUUUUCCAUCCGAGAACGAGACUGGAACAUGUAAUCAUACAACAGGAGAAUGUUUGCAUGGCUGCAAGGACGGGUUUGCUGGAACAAACUGCUCUUUUGAAUGUCCACAGAACUGUGUCUCUUCCGACGACAGAGGAAGUGCAAUAUGUAACGCAACGUCUGAGAUUUGUGUCUAUGGAUGUAAAGAUGGAUUUUAUGGUCGCAGCUGCGCAGACAAAUGUUCUGAUCAAAAUCAGUAUUGCAUGCGAUGCUCUGCAAAGAAUGAUAACAGCGGAUUUGAAUGCAACGAAUGCAACAGAAACUUCUACCGAGAUAACGGUAAAUGCCUUGCGUGUAACUACUAUUGUGUUAGAAAGCCAGAUCAGCCUCCUCGAACUUGCAGGGAACGUGACGGAUACUGUAACUUCGGUUGUCGUCCAGGUCGCUAUGGUUUUAAAUGUGGCAUAAGAUGUAGCAGCACUUGCAAAGAUAUUUGUCAAAGGGAUACUGGAUCCUGUAUCGGAGGAUGCAAAUUUCCAAGUUACUGUGGACCAACUUGUGAAAUUAAAUGUCAAGAUGGUUGCAAAUUACAACAGUGUAACCAGUCUUGUGGUUGCGUGAACGGUUGUAAUCAUAAUUACUGGGGAGACAAAUGCACGAACCUCUGUAGCGAAAAUUGCAAGGAGCCUGUAGACUCUGCAAUAUGUGACAGUAUCGAUGGGACCUGUCUUCACGGAUGUAAAGACAAUAAACAUUGGGGUAAUAAGUGCAUCUCUUGCUCCGAUGGUUGUCUAUAUGGAACCUGUGAACAGAAAUCUGGGGACUGCACGGAAGGAUGCACGAAAAAUACAGUAUAUGGAGGGCAAUGUAAUGUACCAUGCAGUGACAAUUGUCUAAACGGCACGUGUGAGAGAGCCGACGGAUAUUGUAACAAAUGCGCAGAAGGAAAUUAUGGUGUACACUGUGAAAAGACCUGCAAUGUAAAUUGCAUGAAAAGCACCUGCGAUAGAGUAAAUGGAUCCUGUGUUUAUGGAUGUAAAACGGGCACCUACGGAGAAAAAUGUAACAAAGACUGCAGCGACAAGUGUUUUGAUCUGAGUUGUGAAAGAGUCGACGGUAAUUGUACUGAAGGAUGUGUUUCAGGAUAUCAAGGUUUCCAUUGUCUGACCGAAGAUGAGCAGAAAGAAGAAAAUGACGCCGUUAAAUGCACAGUAGAAACGGAUAAGACUGGACUAAUCGUCGGAAUAUUUUUUGGCAUACUGAGUGCAGUAUUGACUGUCUAUUCAACAUUUAUUACCAUUGCACUGAAAAGGAAGACAUCAAAUACAGGAACCCAGUCAAAGGAAGGGUCGACUAAACAAGCGACAUACAUAAAUGUAGCAGAAGGGGGUACAAUCAGAAACGACAGUGGUUCAAGUGAAAACAAGGAUAACCCUUCAGUGCUAUAUACAGAUUUAAUGCGAAGCUCUACGGAUGACAAGACAACAUAUGAUGUUAUUCAAAGGAUUUAGAAGCAGGAAAAUGAGGUUUUGAAAAGGGCUUGUUUUAAAGCAAUGGGCUUUGGGACCUUUUCAAUGUUUUAGUAAAUAUGCAAAUAAAUACUUUUUACUAAAUAUGGCAAUUUUACAAACUUGUACUUUAUAAUUCUAGAAAUGUCAUCAAAGGAGUGCUAAAUUGAUAACGUUUUUGAUGAAAUAAGUAGGUUAUAUGAUUCACAAACGCAAUACAUAAUAUAAUGUUAUGACCUCGCGGACAUUGCAUGAUGUUGUAUGCACUAUGCGUAUUAUUAUCAUAUAUUUAGGAAUAUUGCAGCAUAUUUAAUCUGAUGACAUAUACAUUGAUAUCUUAUAUACAAUUUCUUAUACUUCUUUUAGCAUCUUUUAUUCGCCGCCAAAUAAUGUAACACGCAACGUUCACCUUACUUCACA